AUUGUGGACAUUAAUUUUAUUUAUAUUUUUGAAAACUUAUAAACUUAUCUAAAGAAAUAAUUUUAAUUAGUGUUAAUUUUCAUAACUUAUUGAUUAAAUUGACUUUUUUAUCUUAUUAAAUAAAGGUUAAAAAUUCAAGAUUAAAUAAAGAAAUUUCUCCAAACCCUAGUUAUGUCAUCCAACUCAAGUAACACUAAAACGCCAUUUGACAAAAAAAAAUGGCGGACGAAAAAGUAUAGCAAAAAACAGAAAAUACAAGAAUGGGAUGAGCGCCGUAAAAAAGCAGUAAUAAAGAAGUACUUUAAAGAGCUAAAUGAGUCAAAUUCUUUAAAAAUGACAAAAACUCGUAGUAAUAACGAUUUAAGUCAUCAACCAACCAAAAGAUUAAACCCAUACAAAGAAGCUCAAGAGCGCUAUAAACAAAUUCAAGAAGAUAAAAAAACUAGACGUUUAGAGGCUCUAAAACGUAAAGAAGAAAUCCGUCAAGCAAUGGAAGAAUAUAACAAAAAGAAAAGGUAUAAGAACAAAAAAUUAAGUAAAAAAACAAGAAAAGGGCAGCCAGUAAUGAAAGAAAGGCUAGAGCUUUUACUGGAAAAAAUUGAAGCUGAUGUAUGUAAUAAUACUAGCUAAAUGCCAUUUAAUUUCACUUUACUUUUUAACAAUAAAUUUGAAUAAUUAAAUAAAUACAUUGACAAUUUAGUUUAAA